GAGUCAGUGUCAGUGAUGGAGGGAUAUUCAGCCACUUUUCAGACUGAUGUUACCAAAAUACGUGAAAACGAUGACAUACUGUGGAAAUUUGGAGCUGAAAACACUCUGAUAGCUGAAAUCAGCAGAGAGAACCGAAUCUUCUCCACAUAUGAUGAUGUUCUUGAUGGGAGAUUCAGAGACAGACUGAAGCUGGACGAUCAAACUGGAUCUCUGACCAUCACAAACCCCACAACUGAACAUGCUGGAGUUUAUCAACUACUUAUUAGGGGAGUGAAACUGAUAUCAAAAACAUUUAACGUUUCUGUCUAUGCUCGUCUGCCUGUUCCUGUCAUCAUCAGUAACUCUUCACACUGUUCUUUAUCAUCAUCAUCAUGUUCAUUGGUGUGUUCAUCAGUGAUGAAUGUGAGUGAUGCGACUCUCUCCUGGUACGCAGGAAUGAGUGUAUUGUCCAGCAUCAGUGUGUGUGAUCUCAGCAUCAGUCUCUCUCUACCUCUGGAGGUGGAAUAUCAGGAUAAAAACCCCUACAGCUGUGUGCUGAACAAUCCCAUCAGCAACCAGACCACACAUCUGGACAUCAACACACUCUGCCACACAUGUGCAGAAGUCCAUGUUCAUUGCUGUGGUUCUACUGAAGCUGUGAUCCGAUUGGUCGUCUCUGCUCUGGUGGGCGUGGCUACUGUCACUGUUCUGCUCUAUGACAUCAAGACAACAAGAGGAGUCAAGAAACAGAUAGGCCCAUCAUAAAAGUUCUGACAUAACGUGGAG